UUCUUUACGACUUCAACAAGCUUCAAAAUCAAAGAGUAGCAGAAUAGUACUUCAAAAUCCUAGAUCGGCAAUCGGCACAUCGGUACGGCGUUUCGCCAUGCCAAAAUACAAUAAUUGUUAUGUAGUUUUCAAGAAUACUGAAAUUAUCGAUGUGAAUAUUAUGUGUCUGUGUAUAGUGUAAAUCUUUAAUUGCUAUUGUAUAAACUGAAAAAUGAUGACCACAAUGGCAGCCGGUGGUCCAGGGGACCCGCAUACACAAAUGAAUACAUAUCGUAGCUAUGUAACCAUGCUUGCCGACCCGGGAGCUAAGGAUGAAAUAAAAUUAAAAGCAGCACAAGAGCUAAGCGAGAAUUUUGAGGUCAUUUUGAGUUCUCCACAAUAUCCUCAAUUCUUAGAUCAUUCUUUAAAAAUAUUUCUUAAAAUUUUACAAGAAGGUGAACCCCACUUCAUUGCUGAAUACAACAUUCAGCAAGUGAGAAAACUCAUAUUGGAAAUGAUACAUCGCUUACCUAUAAGUGAGACCCUUAGACCUUAUGUUAAGAGUAUAUUAAUUUUGAUGUUAAAAUUAAUGGAGAUUGAAAAUGAGGAAAAUGUUUUGGUUUGCCUGAAAAUAUUUAUGGAAUUGCACAAACAAUACAGACCUGCUUAUUGUGCUGAAGUAGAUAUUCAUAAGUUCUUACAAUGGGUAAAGGCUAUAUAUUCCGAUUUACCAAAUCAUUUGCCAAAAAUUUUCGAACCCAGACCCUCUAUAAGGGUGAAAGAUUUAUCCGAAGUGAAUAUUGAUCAAUUACUACAAGAGACUUAUACUACGGCACCAAUUCAUACAGAAAAAAAGUUGUUGGAUGGAAGUGUUGUAACGUAUAAUUUAAUUCCAAGAUCAGUUUUAUCAUUGAAAGUUAUACAAGAACUUCCAAUUAUAGUUGUUCUAAUGUAUCAGCUUUAUAAACAAAAUGUUCAUCAAGAAGUCAGUAACUUUAUACCACUUAUUAUGGAAACUAUUACACUACAACCCACUUCAACACUAAGACAGUCAUCUACAUUUAAUAAAGAAGUCUUUGUUGAUUUCAUGGGUGCUCAAAUUAAAACUUUAGCUUUCCUGGCUUAUAUUAUUCGUAUAUACCAAGACACCAUAGCCAAUCAUGCUACAAUGAUGGUCAAAGGUAUUAUUGGACUAUUGACAUUAUGUCCACCGGAAGUGGCACAUCUCAGAAAAGAAUUAGUUAUUGCUACUAGACACAUUUUGGCAACAGAUUUAAGACUGAAAUUUGUUCCGUACAUGGAGCGUUUGUUUGAUGAAGAGGUUUUACUUGGUGGAGGAUGGACGGUGCACGAAUCAUUGCGGCCACUAGCUUAUUCAACACUGGCAGAUUUAGUUCACCAUGUGAGACAGCACUUGCCGCUUUCCGACUUGGCCAUAGCUGCUCACUUGUUCUCGAAAAAUGUACAUGAUGAGUCACUGCCAACAAGUAUCCAAACAAUGUCUUGCAAGUUACUUCUCAACUUGGUGGAUUGUAUCCGGCAAAGGUCAGAGAGUGAAAAUGCUGCUGGAACUCAACCCCAAGGACGGCAAUUGUUGAUGCGCAUUUUAGAAGUUUUUGUUUUGAAAUUCAAAACUAUUUCUAAAUUACAACUUCCAGCUCUUAUGGCUAAGUGUAAACAAGCAACCCCAGUUGUAACACCUGCUACAAAUGGUGCUACACCAACUACACCUACAGCAACUACACCCAGUACAUCUACUUCAGUUGAAGUUAAAGUGGAAGAAGAUAAACCGUCACCAGACUUCUUAGAUGGGAUCAAUAAAGCAGAGGAGAAGUCUAAAAUUGGUUUUCCGAUAUCACAAAUGAGCAAUUUGAAUGUUGGUGAUUAUAGAACUUUAGUCAAGACGUUGGUGUGUGGUGUCAAGACAAUCACAUGGGGAUGUGCUUCUUGCAAGCAGACAGCCGCGACCGGCGAGGGCGCGUCCGCGAGCACCAUCACGGGGCAGAAGCAGCUGAGCGCGCGCGAGACGCUGGUCUACAUCCGGCUAGUGGUGUGGGGGCUGCAGUCGCUGGACAUCUACACGCUGGCGGCGCCGCGCCCGCCCGCGCACCCGCCCGCGCAGCCGCACGUGCGCUCCAAGGAGGAGAAGGAGGUGCUCGAGCAUUUUAGCGGCGUGUUCUCCAUGAUGAAUCCUCAAACAUUCCAAGAAAUUUUUACUGCAACUAUAUCUCAUAUGGUAGAGAGAAUAAAUAAGAAUACCACUUUACAAAUUAUAGCUAACACGUUUUUAUCUAAUCCAGCUACAUCACCGAUAUUUGCUACUGUCCUAGUAGAAUAUCUUCUAAAGAGAAUGGAAGAAAUGGGCUCAAAUAUAGAGAGAUCUAAUUUAUACUUGCGUUUGUUUAAGUUAGUCUUUGGUUCCGUCUCUCUUUUUCCUACUGAAAAUGAGCAGAUGUUGCGACCUCAUUUACACAGCAUAGUUAAUAAAGCUAUGGAUUAUGCUAUGACAGCCAAAGAGCCUUAUAAUUAUUUCUUACUUCUGAGAGCUUUAUUCCGUUCGAUUGGAGGUGGAAGCCAUGACUUGCUAUAUCAAGAAUUUUUGCCAUUAUUACCCAAUUUAUUAGAAGGGCUAAAUAGGCUACAAAGUGGCCUACACAAACAACACAUGAAAGAUUUGUUUGUUGAACUGUGCCUAACUGUUCCGGUUAGAUUAAGCAGUCUUUUGCCUUAUUUACCAAUGCUGAUGGAUCCGCUCGUAUCAGCGUUAAACGGAUCACAUACAUUAAUAUCACAGGGUCUUAGAACUUUAGAAUUAUGUGUGGAUAAUUUGCAACCUGAUUUUCUGUAUGAACACAUUCAACCAGUUCGAGCAGAUUUGAUGCAGGCUCUGUGGAGGACUCUACAAAAUAACGAAGUUGCAAGGAUAGCAUUUAGAGUUCUUGGGAAGUUUGGCGGAGGAAAUAGAAAGAUGAUGAUUGAACCGCAAAGGUUAGAAUACCGAGAAACGGAUGCACCGCCUCCAGCUGUGUUAGCAUACUUCCAAGACCAGGCAAAACCAAUCGAUUUUGAAGUUGAUAAAGUUAUAGAAACUGCAUUUUCUGCAUUGAAGUCUAGCACAACAGAUCCAUUUUAUCGCAGGCAAUGUUGGGAAGUACUUCGUUGUUAUUUGGCGGCAUCUCUUAAUUUAGAUGAUGAUCGCGCUACUUUACAAAAACUGUUUAAUCAUCCCAAUUUCCUUGAUGGGAAGAUUCCAUCUCAAAACGGACCUUACUACAAGUGUUCUAACUCUAUUGUAAGAAAUACGCACAAAACAGCUCUUACAGGAAUGUUUGUUGCAGCAGCAAUCAAAGAACUUCGUCAUCACGUUCUACCAACAAUGGUUUCACUCGUACGCCAUUAUACUUUAGUGGCGAUAGCGCAAGAGGCUGGUCCAUUUGCAGGAUCAGGAGGGCCUAAAGAAGGAUUAGAUGCUUUAGUUUUAGUAGAUGCAAUUGCUGUGGUAAUGGGACAUGAAGAAAAGGAACUCUGCAAGCCUGGUCAUUUGGCACUCGUACUAAUGAUAGAGACAGCAGCUACUGUUCUUGGAAGUAAAGAGCGUGCGUGUAAAUUGCCCCUUAUGGAAUAUUUGGCUGAAAGAAUGUCGGCACUUUGCUAUGAGCGUGCGUGGUACGCUAAAUUAGGAGGGUGUAUCGCUGUGAAGUUCAUGUUCGAGAAAAUGGCACCUGAAUGGGUGUAUAAGCACGUCUUUACAUUUUUGAAGGCAGUUCUUUUCGUGAUGAUGGAUUUGACUGGUGAAGUCUCAUCAGGAGCUUUAGAUAUGGCCACAGUGAACUUAGAGCGUUUAGUUCGUGUUUGUGUGACUGGACCCGGGGGACAUGGCAUUGAACAGGAAGCAGAAGUAGCCGCUGCGAGAACGCGCGCUCUGCAUGAUGUGCUACAAGAGCUCGUGUUGCAGGUUACGAGUCCACAUUUAUUAGUCCGGCAACAGGCAAUGAAAUCUUUGGAACUCAUAGCACAGCUACAGAAUAAAUCGGUAACGGAAGUCAUGGAUCCGCACAGAGAGGUGCUAGCUGACAUAAUUCCGCCAAAGAAACAUCUGCUCAGACAUCAACCUGCAAAUGCACAAAUGGGUUUGAUGGACGGCACAACAUUCUGCACAACUUUAAAGCCUAGACUCUUCACAAUUGAUUUGAACAUAAACGAGCACAAAGUGUUCUUCCGUGAGUUGGUAUCGCUGUGUGAGGCUGAAGACUCGAUGCUUGGCAAGCUUCCUUGCUACAAGGGCGUGAACCUCAUUCCAUUAAGAAUCUCGGCGUUACGAGCGCUCGCUGCAUGCCACUACAUACAGGAGAAAUUGUGUCGCGAGAAGAUAUUCCAAGUGCUUUACAAGUCACUGGAAAAGAAUGAUACAGAACUGCAACAGGCUGGUUUUGAAUGCAUGCAGAAGUUCUUAUCUGGAUUCCAAAUAGACAUGGAGAUGGUACACCCAGUUAUGCGGCCGCUUUUAUUGACACUCGGUGACCAUAGAAACCUCAGUGUGAAUGGCGCUAAAAGACUAUCCUACUUGACACAGCUCUUCCCUUCAACGUUCAGCGAGAAGUUGUGUGAACAACUGCUUCAGUUGCUCAAGAAAUUACUUGAUUACUCUAUACAAACAAAUAGAGGUGGUAACUUCCUUCAGAGUGUUUCAAAGAACAUGGAGAAUGAACAAAAGAUAAUAAUACUGAUCGGAAUUUUCCAUCAAAUUCCUGCCGCUUCACCUCGUUUUAUCGAUGUUCUCUGUCGGCUAAUAUUCCACACGGAAAAAUCACUAAUGAUUGAAGCUGGUUCACCAUUCAGAGAACCGCUAGUUAAAUUUCUGUUAAGGUACCCAAAAGAAACUCUAGACCUCAUUAUGAGUGACAACAACAUCAAGGACCAGCAAUGGAGUCGCUUCUUAAUAUUUUUAGUAAAACAUGAAGAAGCUGGCCCUGCAUUUAGGGAAGCUUUACAGACCACCAAGAAAGCUAGACUACUCCAGCUCUUGGCAGCGGCUAGUGGGGGAGCCGGUGCUAAUAUUUCUCCGCCUGACAAAUCUGAAAUGCAGUUUCAGGCAAUUCGAGUCAUCUCCCUGUUAAUAAAGUUUGACGAUCAGUGGUUGUCUACGCAACAUGACCUAAUUGAACUUUUGAAACGUAUUUGGUCGAGCAAUCAAUAUCACGAUAUUCACAAGAGAGUGGAACAUGUCGAAUGUAGCCAUUGGAAAGAACCUAAGCUGAUAGUGAAGAUUCUGUUGCACUACUUCUGUCAUCACCCGUCGAACAUUGAUCUUUUGUUCCAGUUGUUGCGAGCCUUGUGUGAUAGAUUCAUACCCGAUUUCCAAUUUCUACGUGAUUUCCUGGAAAAUACCGUGGCUCAGAACUACACGGUGGAAUGGAAGCGGUCAGCUUUCUUCCGUUUCGUGGAACACUUUUCCGGUGAUGCUAUGUCCCAGGAGCUAAAGGCGAAGGUGCUGCAGAUGAUCCUAAUUCCAUGCUUCGCAGUCAGCUUCGAGAAGGGUCAGAAGAUUGUGGGCGGUCCACCGGCUCCUUACCAGGAUAAUCCGGAUAACGUGGUCUCGGUGUUCAUCAAUAAUGUAAUAGAUCCAGAAAACCCAUUCGCCUGUUCAGAUGCGGUGCGUAUAUCGUUGCUACAGUUUGCGUGCCUUUUGCUUGAACAAGCUUCAGCUCACAUUCAUGACGCAAACAAUAAGAAGCAAGGCAAUAAAUUGCGACGAUUAAUGACGUUCGCGUGGCCUUGUCUUCUGGGCAAGAAUUAUGUCGAUCCUGCAACUAGAUAUCAUGGGCAUUUAUUACUGAGUCACAUUAUCGCCAAAUUUGCAAUCCACAAGAGGAUAGUGUUGCAAGUGUUCCACAGCCUGCUGAAGGCGCACGCGGUGGAGGCGCGCGCGGUGGUGCGCGCGGCGCUCGAGAUCCUCACGCCGGCGAUGCCGCAGCGCAUGGAGGACGGCAACACGAUGCUCACGCACUGGACCAAGAAGAUCAUCGUGGAGGACGGCCACUCGGUGCAGCAGCUCUUCCACAUACUGCAGCUCGUUGUUAGGCAUUACAAGGUAUACUACCCCGUGCGACACGCACUAGUGGGACACAUGGUGGCCGCUAUGCAACGACUUGGCUUUUCCGCCACCGCAUCCUUGGAACAUCGUCGUCUUGCUGUAGACCUUGCGGAGGUGGCGCUCAAGUGGGAGCUGCAGAGGAUUCGCGAUCACACCCCUGAUGACCAUGUGGUGGCAACGUCACCAAGUGGCGCAAUGAAGCGCAUAUCAUCCGAAGACAGCGGCAACGAAGUCCGCAAAGCUCUUAACACGGGCUGGGCAAGUCCGCAGGCUUCGAGCUCUCGCGCCGAGCCCGACGCGGCCAAACCACUCGACAGGCAGCACGUUGACGUGGUCGUCAACCUGUUGCUUAGACUCGCCUGCCAGGUAUUGACGCUUGUGAACGAGACGGCGGUGGGCGCGGGCGCGGGGGCGGCGGGCGCGGGCGCGGGCGGCCAGCUGUCGCGCCGCUGCGUGCUGCUGCUCAAGGCGGCGCUCAAGCCGGACGUGUGGCCGCACCUGUGCGAACCGAAGCUGGCCUGGUUGGAUAAGGUAUUCUCGAGCGCCGAAAGCAAUGCGGGCGCUUGCGCUAACGCGUGCACAGCGCUCGAACUGCUGGUUUUCCUGUUGGGCGUGUUGCGGCGCGAGCAAGUGCUCGCAGCGCUGAAGCCGCUGCAGCGCGGGCUGGCUGCCUGUGUCGCGUCCACCAACCCGAAGAUCGUGCGCUUGACGCACAACUUGCUGGCUAAACUCACCGCACUCUUCCCGACUGAGCCGUCUGGUGCUGCUCAAGCAUCUAAGUAUGAAGAACUAGAAACCCUAUACGCCUGUGUAAGCAAAUAUGCUUUCGAAGGAUUAGCAAAUUAUGAGAAAUCGGCACCAGGAGCAGGCGCCAACUCGCUAUUGGGACCAUUAAUGAUGUUAAAGGCGUGUUGUACAUCGAGCGCCGGUUAUGUAGAUCGACUGUUGCUGCCGCUGAUGCGAGUGUUGCAACGAAUGGCCAGAGACCACGUGGCGCCUAACCCGGACACCGCUACUUCAGACCUCCUUAUUUUAGCACUAGAUCUACUGAAGGCAAGAGUAUCAGUGAUGCCAGUGGAAACCAGGAAGACAUUCAUUGGGACAAUACUGGUUGGCCUGAUUGAAAAAACUAAUGAUGCAAAGGUAAUGAAAGCAAUAACGCGCAUGGUAGAAGAGUGGGUGAAGCACCGCACGGCAGGUGGCGCUGGCGCCGCGGGAGCCGCGCCCUCCCUCAGGGAGAAGUCCAUACUGUUGGUCAAACUCAUGCAAUAUGUCGAGAAGAGAUUCCCUGAUGACCUGGAAUUGAAUGCUCACUUUUUGGAUCUGGUUAAUUAUGUGUACAGGGAUGAUCAAUUAAAAAUGACUGAGCUAUCAAUGAAGCUGGAACCUGCUUUCCUAGCGGGCUUGCGUUGCUCCCAACCUCAUAUAAGAGCCAAAUUCUUUGAAGUUUACGACGCGAGUGUUAGACGUCGACUUUUCGACCGACUCUUGUAUAUCGUGUGCUCACAGAAUUGGGAACACAUUGGACAACAUUUCUGGAUCAAACAGUGUUUGGAGUUACUGCUAGUGACAUGUGUAUCAAGUACCCAAAUUAGGCUAUCAAAUACAAAAUACCUAUUGCCAAACAUAACAGCAGUAAUAAACUGGGCAGACAGUGAGGAAAGAAAAUCAUUCGCGAUAUUUAGCAAUGUGAAAGAAGAGUCAUCUGAUGGCUUCAGUGACUCCUUGGAUCCUGAUAAGGAAGAUGUGUUGGAUAUGGACUUAGACUCCAGUUCUAAUCAAAAAGACGACUUGACCAAGAAUGUGCCGAAUAGACAACGCGCCCUCAAUCAGAUAGUGGCGAAGCAGUCGGAGUUCGUGGAGCUCGCGCGGCGCGUGCGCACCGAGCAGCUGGUGGCGGCGGCCGCGCAGCUGUGCCACAUGGACGACGCGCUCGCGCACCACACCUGGCUGCGGCUCUUCCCCAAGCUGUGGACCACGUUCGACGAGCGCCAGCUCCCGACAAUAAUGAAUGAGAUUGUACCGUUUAUUAUAUCCGGAGUCCACGUGAUCCAACGCGAUCAGCCGUUGAGUGCCCUCAACACGUUUAUAGAGGCUUUAGCACGAUGUAAUCCUCCGGUUUCUAUCAAACCACCAAUGAUGAAAUACCUCGGGAAAACACAUAAUCUUUGGCAUCGCAUGACUCUCAACUUGGAACAGAUGGCGAUCGAUCAAGCCGCGGGCAAACCGAUACGCGAUGCACUUGAAAUUUAUGAUUACGAUGUAGAAACAACUACACCAUCUGAAAUCAUGGAUUCAUUGAGUGACAUGUAUGAGUUAUUACAAGAAGAAGAUAUGUGGUCAGGAUUGUGGCAGAAACAUGCCCGAUAUCGAGAAACCAAUGUGGCUAUUGCUUAUGAACAACAGGGUUUCUUUGAACAAGCACAGGCUGCAUAUGACGUUGCUAUGGCAAAAUUAAAACAAGAGUAUGCGACAAAUCCGUCGUCAUAUAACAUGCACAAAGAAUGCACAUUAUGGACUCAACAUUGGAUAAAGUGCGCUAAGGAAUUGAAUCAAUGGGAUUCCUUAUUGGAAUUGGGCUUAACAAGGAAUGUUCGUGAUCCAUUUUUGAUAUUGGAAAGUUCGUGGAGAAAUCCAAAUUGGCCUACGAUGAAAGAAGCACUGGCAGAAGUGGAGUACAAUUGUCCAAAGGAAUUGGCGUGGGUGGUGAACCUGUACCGCGGGUACCUGUGCAUCUGCGCGGGCGGCGAGCAGCAGCUGGGCGGCGUGGAGCGGCACGCGGAGGCGGCGGCGGCGCAGUGCCUGCGCGAGUGGCGCCGCCUGCCGCGCCUCGUGUCGCACGCGCACCUGCCGCUGCUCCGCGCCGCGCAGCAGCUCAUGGAGCUCAGCGAGGCGGCGCAGAUACACACCGGAUUAGUACAUAGCCGACCCACAUCACUACAUGACAUGAAAGCAAUUGUGAAAACUUGGCGCAACCGUCUGCCAGUGGUAGCUGAUCCGCUGUCACACUGGGGAGCUAUAUUCACGUGGCGACAGCAUCACUACCAGUUCAUCGCAUCGCAUUAUGACUCACAAGCAGAUCAUGCAUCCAACCAUAGCAUGCUAGGCGUACAUGCUAGUGCUCAGGCCAUAAUACACUUCGCCAAAAUAGCGAGGAAACACAACUUGUCCGGCGUGUGUCUUGAUUCGUUGCAUCGCAUUUACACAAUACCAAGUGUUCCCAUAGUGGACUGCUUCCAGAAAAUUCGACAGCAAGUCAAAUGUCAUAUACAAAUGUCUUGGACGGAAGGAAAGGACGAAUUGCAAGAAGGCUUGGACAUGAUAGAAUCGACCAACUUCAAAUACUUCACGAAAGAAAUGACUGCUGAAUUUUACGCGUUCAAGGGGCUGCUUCUGGCCCAAUUGGGCAGAUCUGAAGAUGCGAACAAAGCAUUCGCGGCAGCUGUUCAACUCCAUGACACGUUGGUGAAAGCUUGGGCGCUGUGGGGAGAUUAUUUGGAGCAAAUAUUCAUUAGAGACCCAAGGCAGAUACAAGCUGGAGUGUCGGCCAUGACGUGCUUCUUGCACGCGUGUCGACACCAGAAUGAAUCAAAGUCGAGAAAGUAUUGCGCUAAGGUAUUAUGGAUGUUAAGUUUCGACGACGAUAAGAAUAGUUUAGCGGAUGCAUUGGAUAAGUACAGCGUGGGAGUGCCGCCGGUGCAGUGGUUGCCAUGGAUACCGCAGCUGUUGGCUUGCCUCGUGCAAUAUGAUAGUAACGUUAUACUCAAUCUGCUUAGCCAUGUUGGAAGACUGUAUCCGCAAGCGGUAUACUUCCCUAUACGAACAUUGUAUCUAACGCUCAAGAUCGAGCAACGAGAGCGGCAUAAGACUGUGGAACUAUCUGCUCAUCUACCAUCUACAUCUACGGGUGCGAAAACGAACGAGGGCGGGUCGACGCCGAGCAGCACGAGCAGCGGCGGCAGCGCGGGCGCGGCGGAGGCGGGGCCGAUCAAGGCCACGCUGCCCAUGUGGCGCUGCUCCAAGAUCAUGCAGCUGCAGCGCGAGAUACACCCCACCGUGCUGUCCUCGCUCGAGGGGAUUGUCGACCAGAUGGUGUGGUUCCGCGAGAACUGGUACGAGGAGGUGCUGCGGCAGCUGCGCGCCGGGCUCGCCAAGUGCUACGUGGUGGCGUUCCACCACCGCGCCGCGGUGGGCGUGGCCACCGUCACGCCGCACACACUCAACUUCAUCAAGAAGGUCGUCUCCACCUUCGGCAUCGGCGUCGGAAUGAAAAGUGUUACAAGUUCUGUAAGUGGUGCAUUCUCUUCAGCUGCAUCGGAGAGCCUCGCGCGGCGCGCGCAGGCCACGGUCCAGGACCCGGUGUUCCACAAGAUGAAGACUCAGUUCACCGCUGACUUUGACUUCACCCAGCCCAACGCCAUGAAACUGCAGAACCUCAUACAGAAGCUGCGGAAGUGGGUCAAGAUCCUAGAGGCCAAGACGAAGGUGCUGCCAAAAUCAUUCCUCAUUGAAGAGAAAUGUAGAUUCCUAUCGAACUUCAGUCUGAAGACUGCAGAAGUGGAACUGCCAGGGGAAUUCCUCCUGCCCAAACACACUCACUACCACGUGAGAAUAGCUCGGUUCAUGCCACGCGUGGAAAUCGUUCAGAAACACAACACGUCUGCUCGCCGACUGUACAUCCGGGGUCACAAUGGGAAGAUUUAUCCGUACCUGGUCGUGAAUGACUCUGGGCUCGGAGACGCGAGGCGGGAGGAGCGGGUGUUGCAACUGCUGCGCAUGCUGAACCACUACUUGGGCAAACAGAAGGAAACUUCCAGAAGGUUCCUGCACUUCACGGUGCCUAGGGUCGUGUCCGUGUCGCCGCAGAUGCGUUUGGUGGAGGACAAUCCGAGUUCGUUGUCCCUCUUGGAUAUUUAUAGAACAGAAUGCGCGAACAGGGGCGUGGAGUACGACGCGCCCGUGGCGCGCUACUACGAGCGGCUGGCGGCCGUGCAGGCGCGCGGCUCGCAGGCCUCGCACCAGGUGCUGCGGGACAUCCUCCGAGAGGUGCAAGCGACGAUGGUGCCGAAGGGGCUGGUGCGCUCGUGGGCGGCGGGCACGUUCCCCGCGCCCACCGACUACUGGACGUUCCGCAAGAUGCUCACGCUGCAGCUGGCGCUGGCGGCCGCGGCGGAGUACGCGCUGCACCUCACGCGGCUCAGCCCCGACCAGCUCUACGUGCACCAGGACUCGGGCCUGCUCAACGUCGCCUACUUCAAGUUCGACGUGGACGACGUCACCGGUGAACUAGACGGCAACCGACCAGUGCCGUUCCGCCUGACGCCCAACAUAUCGGAGCUGCUGACCACCGUCGGCAUCGCGGGCCCGCUCACCGCCUCCAUCAUCGCGGUCGCCAGGUGCCUCGUCACGCCCAACUUUAAGAUACAAUCCAUCUUAAGAACGAUACUGCGCGAUGAAAUGGUGACCGGCUAUCGUAAGCGCUUGGAAGACAAAUCCGGAGUGCCGACGCCCGGCACCUCCACAGAGAACAAAUCUACUGAAAUUGACAACGAGACCAUAGUGAAUAUGGUGAACAAGGCGGUCACGGUUAUCAUGAAUAGACUGAACUCUCUCGCUCUGUUCGAUGGACCGGACAGCAAAGUGGCAACCCUCGUAACUGCUGCCAAUAGCCAUGACAACCUCUGCCGUAUGGACCCCGCGUGGCAUCCUUGGCUCUAAAUUUCAUUAUCUUAUUAGUUAUAUAACUGUGUUUAAUAAAUCACAUUGUAUUUAUAAGUUAGACUACGAAAGUUUUACGUGUUAAGGAUCUGUUAGUUUAUACAAACGGUAAGUAUUUUGUAUGUAAGAUUUCACUAUGUUGUUAAAAUAAUUAUAUAAGGGUAUGAUUGUUAAAUUAAAUGAAGGACAAUUGUGGACUUGGACUGUGAUCUCGUGUAACUCAAAAUUAAAUACUAUAAAAUA